AUGAAACAAAACAAAAAUCAAUCAGAAGACUUCAAAAAAUAUCUCUCAGAAAUCGAAAGUCCUAAUUAUGACGGACCCGACAUUUCCCAAGCUCUAUCCACUAAUACUUCACCAAUUGACAAGGCUAAAUAUAAGGUUUGUGAGAAAAUAUUAGCCUAUCAGCAGGAUAAUAAUUUACCGAUUGAAGAAGUGGCUCGCAAAAUCCAACUAACUACCGCCGAAACCAAAGAUAUUUUUCAUUAUCACUUGAAUUGCUUCACUCUGGAUAGGCUAUUAACUUAUGCUAAUCGCUUAUUAUCUCCGACAGAAAUAGAAAUAAUUGUCAGCGAAAAGAAACCAGCAAAAAAAUUAGAAAUUAAAAUUAUUGACUAUUUAAAAAAGUUAGAAAAAAGCGAAAUUUCUCCUCGGAUAAGUAGCAAAAAAAAACAUUUCCUCUUGGCCAGCAAAAAUGAGUAUGAAAAGUUCGACCAAGAACAAAAAGAUUACCAAGAAUUGACCCAAGAGGUGAGUAAAGAGGAGCAAGAUUUUCUCCGAACGGAAAUUAAAAACUUUGAAGCACAAAAAGAGCAAUUAAUUGACAAAAUUAAGGAACAAAUAAUUGAAGAGGAGGGAAUUAAACAAAAUAUUGUUAUGGAAAUUCGUCCCGGCGCCGGCGGUACCGAAGCCGGGUUAUUUGCCCGCGACCUUUACCGCAUGUAUGCUAAAUUUGCCGAGAAAAGGGGUCGUAUCCACACUUCGACCGCUAGCGUCGUGGUUUUACCCGAAGCCCAAGAUAUUGCCCUUAAUAUUCGUCCCCAAGAUUUAAAAAUUGAAACAUGUCGUUCCAGUGGAGCCGGCGGCCAACAUGUUAAUACUACUGAUUCGGCGGUACGCAUUAUCCAUCUGCCAACCGGGAUUGUUGCUACCUCGCAAGAUGGACGAAGUCAACAUGCUAAUCGAGAACGAGCUUUAACGGUUCUGAAAAGUCGUUUAUGA